GAGGAAGUAUUAAAAGGACUCGACAAUAAACAGCCAAAAAUUGUUGCCGCUUGUACCAAUGUGCUUUGCCGAGCUAUCAGGUACAGUCUAAACAUUUUUUCAAUUAUCAGGGUUGUCACAUAUUGAUAGAUGGGUAACUUGAAACCGCGUACAAUAUUAUUAGUAGGUGGGGAAUUGAAGAGCUACCAAUUUUUUUUAUGUUCUACCCUGGAAGCUCUCAUAACAGACACUCUCGUAAGCCAACAGUUCUACUUAAAACUACCUUCACAAAACCCUGUUCUUCUCAACUCCCGUACAAAAUCUGUAUUUUUGCAUUCCAGUAAGUGGCCAGCUCCAGUUACAGACACCUUUUUUGCGUUUCGUGGGUGUCUGCUUAUGAGUGCUUUCACUGUAUUUUCCUCUUGGUUCCCAUAAAGGUAGCGGGGAAAAUCCCUUUCAAUUACUGGUAAAUGUUUUACCCUAUAGAUGGUGAUCAUGUGAAUAAUAACCAGUCUUACCUUUUUACAGAACUAACUUCCUGAUAUUAGCACUUACCUUUACUGUGGCAAGGUUGUUUAACAGAAAAGUUCAAUAAUAGAAAUUGUAUCUGUAUUCGCUUUUAGUCAGUACAUCCCAGUGACAAAUAAAAUGAUGGAAAAUUCAACAUUCAAUAAUUAAUAUUAUUCUAACUUAUACUCUAUAAUAAAGAGUAAUGAUUCUGCUUUAUAAUAAUUAUUAAGUUGAAGAUAUAUGUUUUCUUCUAAUAGUGAAUUUGGUGGUAAAGUGUUUAGUCUCAAGCCCAUUGUUAAAGUUUUACCCAAACUGUUUGAUCACAGUGAUAAAACUGUUAGAGGAGAGGUAGGAGUUUGGUAUUUUCUGUCAGUAAUGUAUUUUUUGUAAUAAUUGGUUUAUCGUCAUUUGAAUUAAAGUACUGUAUUAUUAUAACAAAUAUAAAUAAUUGCAGGCAAAAGCCCUUGCUGUUGAAAUAUACAAAUGGAUAAGGGACAUCAUCAAGUCACAGCUACAGAACAUCAAGCCAGUCCAGGUUAGUUUUUCUAUUAGCCUAAGAGAACAGUAA